AUCUUUCAAAAUGGCUAAUACAGCACAAUUGUUGAGACGACAAAGCUCACGGGAUAUUGUAUUAAAAUCACAAAAGAGUAUUGAUCAAAAUGAAUUGAGAGAGUUACGCGGCCGUUUAGUUUCCGAACACAGUACCAGCAGCGCCGGAAGUCAUCGUGCCCCACAUCAUGGCACGCAUCAUGUCCCCCAUCACACGCCAAUGUAUGGGGCAACAAAUCAAGCAUUUAUGUCCGAUGCCUUCGACGAAUCAUCUGAAGUUGAGGACACCGAGGCCAGUACGACAAAGGCGGUUGCCGAACUGGUGGCAGCCAUUGAAAGUGCCCCAGCGGAUAUUGUUGAAGGUGAAAAGGAGGGCGAAGAACGUGAAAGUUGGGAUAGUAAAAUAAUGUUUCUGCUGGCAACCAUUGGUUAUGCUGUCGGCCUUGGUAAUGUUUGGCGUUUUCCAUAUCUGGCACAAAAGAACGGGGGCGGUGCAUUUCUGGUGCCCUACUUUAUAAUGCUGUGCAUUCAAGGCAUACCCAUCUUCUAUUUGGAAUUGGCCAUUGGCCAACGACUGCGUAAAGGAGCCAUUGGUGUAUGGAGUCAAGUAUCGCCCUAUUUGGGGGGCAUUGGCAUCUCAUCGGCUGUCGUCAGCUACAUAGUGGCAUUGUACUAUAAUACGAUAAUAGCCUGGUGCCUCAUUUACUUGUUGCACAGCUUUGAAUCACCACUGCCUUGGGCGGAAUGUCCAACACGUCUCUAUGCCAAUUAUACUUAUGAUCAUGAGCCGGAAUGUGUGGCAUCAUCACCAACCCAAUAUUAUUGGUAUCGCACCACAUUACAGUGCUCGGAAAGUGUUAAUCAACCGGAAAAUUUCAAUUAUCAUAUUGCCAUUGCGUUAAUGGUCUCAUGGUUCUUGGUCUACAUCUGUAUGGUUCAGGGCCUAACGUCAUCAGGAAAAAUCGUCUAUGUAACAGCAAUAUUUCCAUAUGUGGUAUUGAUCAUAUUUUUCUUUCGCGGUAUUACACUAAAGGGUGCCUCUGAUGGUGUGGCCCACUUGUUUACACCUCGCUGGGAAACACUACUGGAUCCGGUAGUGUGGUUAGAGGCGGGGACACAAAUUUUCUUUUCCUUGGGUUUGGCAUUUGGUGGUCUAAUCGCUUUUAGCUCCUACAAUCCCGCCAAUAAUAAUUGUUAUCGUGAUGCCAUUCUGGUUUCUUUAACCAAUUGUGGUACGUCAAUGUUUGCUGGUGUUGUUGUAUUUUCGGUUAUUGGUUUUAAGGCCACGGCAACAUUUGAUCGUUGCAAUGAAGAGAGGGCUGAGUUGAUAGCAUUAAAUAAAAAUGUCACAUUGCCGGUGUGUGAUUUGGAACGAGAAUUGGCAAAUAGUGCCUCUGGCACCGGUUUGGCCUUCAUUAUUUUUACCGAGGCAAUAAAUCAAUUCCCUGGCUCUCAGUUAUGGGCUGUUUUAUUCUUCCUAAUGUUAUUUACACUGGGUAUAGAUUCUCAGUUUGGAACUUUGGAAGGAGUUGUCACAUCGUUGGUGGAUAUGAAGCUAUUUCCAAAUUUACCCAAGGAAUAUAUUGUGGGAGGUCUAUGCUUCUCCUGCUGCCUGAUAUCGAUGAGUUUUGCAAACGGUGCCGGUAGUUAUAUUUUCCAAUUAAUGGACAGUUUUGCCGGAAAUUUCCCAUUGCUGAUUAUUGCAUUAUUUGAAUGCUUGUCGAUCAGUUAUAUUUAUGGAAUAAGAAGAUUUUCCGAUGACAUUGAAAUGAUGACCGGUUCGAGGCCAAAUAUGUAUUGGAUGUUCUGUUGGAAAUAUUUAUCACCAUGUGCCAUGAUAACAAUUCUAAUUGCCUCAUUUUAUCAAUUAUUGACAGAGGGCAGUAGUUAUCCCGCAUGGAUAGCUGCCAAGGGUAUGACCGAGAAAAUGGAAUGGCCACAUUGGUGUAUAGUUAUUGCCUUUAUACUGAUAUUAUCAUCGAUAUUAUGGAUACCGAUUGUGGCUAUAUUAAGAUUAUUGGGCAUCAAAGUGGUUGAAGAUUCCGAUCCUGCUUGGUUCCCGGAGGCUGAGCUUAAAGAGGUUCAUGGUAUUGUGCCACAUGAGCCAACCGAACUGGAGCGUACCAUAUUCUGUUUCAAUAUGGAUGGUACUGAGGGCAUGUGCUGUCCGAAAUAUGGUUUACCAGAGAAAUCCCUGGAGGAAGAGGAUGAGUAAAAAAGUAAUAA